UUUUCUAAAAUAAUUGCAAAUUAAGUUCAUAUUGAGACCAAAACCUUAACAAUUAAAAUCCUGAAGUUCUUUGUGCAGGUCAGCUGCUUAUCCUCCCUCAGGAAGUGCAGACAGCUUGGGGCACGCACUAUAAUGUAAAUUUCAAUAUGACCUUAUAUCAUAACAGGUUCCUUAGGUGCUUGCCAAAGUGAUAGAAAAUACACUGAGCACAGCAUGAGGAAGACCUUCCUCUAUGCAUGGGUGAUUUGGAUAUAAUAUAUAUCACUGCUGAUCCUGGAUUGCUUUGGCUGAUCUGCUAGCCUGGAGGGAUUUUCUAUUCUUCCCUCACUGUUGCAUAUAUAUUCUUUCUGAAACCUUUCCUCUGUCAAAAAGAACAACGUUUUCUACUAGCGGAAGGCGGAAAAAAACAAAGCAAAAUUCUGUGUUUUCAAAAAAGCUAAAAAUAGCAUUUUUAUUAACAAGUUACUCUUUAGUAAAACUACUGGAACAUGAAGAUAGAUGCAAGUUGGACAUUCAUCUUAUGCAAUGUAGAUAAAAUCUAAUAGAUGAUUUAAUAAGAACUAAUAUUGAUAGCUCUAUGCAGGCAUGCAACAUGUUCAUUGCCCUUCUGAAAGAUCAUUCAGUGUGAGUGAAAAAGAAAUAAGCACUGUGAGAAAGUUAUGACUUCUCUUAUCCUAUAAACUUGAUUCCACAUUAAUCUCUGACCUCUGCCUUCCACAAUGACUAGUAGAGACAUAUCCACUGCUCAGGUCCUUUUCAAUGCUCACCAUUGACUUCAAAGUUCAAGCCUUUCAUUUUCUUGCCCCAUACUUAUUUUCUGUUUCGCUGCAUGCCACUUUCUUGCACUUGUCCUGUUAAAGAGUCCGCCAUGGCUAUUUAAUAUUUAAAGGCCGGGAUCACUUUGCAGGUUUUAGUUUAAAGGUAACCAUAGCACACACCCACACAUUCAUUAUUAAUAGCAGAGACUCACUGUAAGUCCUUGGGAAUCUUCUUUCCUUUCGAUGUCAGUUUCACAGGAGUGCUGCCAUCACUAGAAUUGGCUCUGAUACUGCUAUCUGGAGAGUGGACUAGUGCAAUAAAAACGAAUCCAAAAUGCUAUAAACUGUUCAUGUGGGUGGAGGUGACCAUGCUGAAAAGGGAGAUGAAGCCAGAAAGUGACAGGCCACGGAGAGUCCGGUUUCGGAUAGCAUCCUCUCACAGUGGGCGAGUUCUGAAGGAAGUGUAUGAAGAUGGGCAACCGUCAGGCUCUCUGGAUUCUGAAUGUGCCAGUAUCUGUGGGAUAGUUGGACUAAGUGAUUCUGAUGGACAGCAGAAUGGCCACAUAGAAUCAGAAGGUGAUGGGAAUGAGAAUGACCAGGAUAACUUGCUGGUGUUAGCAAGGGCUGCUAGUGAGAAGGGUUUUGGUACAAGAAGAGUCAACAUUUUAAGCAAAAAUGGCACAGUCAGAGGUGUCAAAUACAAAGUGAGUGCGGGCCAGGCUCUGUUUAACAAUUUGACCAAAGUAUUACAGCAACCAUCAACUGACCUAGAAUUUGACCGUAUAGUGAUUUAUACCACCUGCCUUCGUGUGGUCCGGACAACCUUUGAAAGAUGUGAACUGGUUAGAAAGAUUUUCCAAAACCAUCGUGUAAAAUUUGAAGAGAAAAACAUAGCCCUGAAUGGUGAAUAUGGAAAAGAAUUAGAUGAACGAUGUCGGCGAGUUUCUGAAGCUCCUUCUCUCCCUGUUGUGUUCAUUGAUGGCCAUUACCUUGGGGGUGCUGAGAAAAUUUUGUCAAUGAAUGAAUCAGGAGAACUGCAAGACCUCCUAACCAAAAUUGAGAGAGUGCAGCAUCCGCAUGAGUGUCCCUCUUGUGGAGGCUUUGGCUUUCUUCCAUGCUCUGUGUGCCAUGGGAGCAAGAUGUCCGUGUUUCGAAACUGCUUCACAGACUCUUUCAAAGCCCUGAAGUGUACAGCUUGCAAUGAAAAUGGUCUUCAGCGUUGUAAGAACUGUGCUGGUUAAUUGGAGCUUUUACCCAGGAAAAGCCUCAUUUUAUUAAUCAAAGGCAAUACUUUGGUUUAUAUGUUUUUUAAAUGGUUAUGUUUAUGGAUUAAUCAAUAAACUUUGUUUAUUAUAA